UCCUCCCUACUGCAAUAUAAAUGAUGCUCCUGACUGCCUCAUCACUCUAAUACAGUGAUUUACGCAUGAGACAGCAACAUGAAGACUAUGACGACCCUCAUCCUGCUUCUCUCCCUGGGUUUCCUGUGUUCUGCCACAGAACUUAUCCAUUCUGACAAUAUUACAAAUGAUUCUUCCUUCAGUGAAGAAUUCCAGUCCAUGAAUAUGACAGAUGAUUCUUCCUUCAGUGAUGUGAACUCAAGAGCACUCUGCCCUGGUGGAUGGAGGCAGUUUAAUGGACGCUGCUAUAGUUUUAUCAGCACUGCAAGAACAUGGGCAGAAGCAGAGCGCUUCUGUUUACUACUGGGUGGCAAUCUGGCGUCUGUGCACAGCGUUGCAGAGUACCACUACAUCCAAGGACUCAUAGUGACACACACACAUGGUUCACCUCGCACUUGGCUUGGUGGAACAGAUGCCCAGCAGAAUGGAAUCUGGUUUUGGAGUGAUGGAUCCAGAUUUACGUUCCAUCUUUGGAACCCAGGUGAACCCAAUAACUUAAAUAAUGAAGCCUGUCUACAAAUGAACCAUGGAGGAGGACUGCUCUGGAAUGCUUGUGCAAAUCUAUAUCCAUCUGUCUGUGCAAGAGGACUCAUUUAAGCACAUCACUGAGCUUGCUGUAGCAGGAGUCCCUGCCCUAUACGGCAGCUUCUGCUCCAGCUUAUCUGAAGGCUACACUAAAGCCUUUUGUUUCUAUAAGGAAGUUGCCAUUCUGCCAGUACCAACCGUCUAGCAUUGGUCUCUACUCACACAUGGCGAACACAGUCUACGCAGCUGUCUGUCAUUGUUCCUCAGUGGGUAGGGUCAUCCCUCUCAA